AUCAAAUCAACAUGGAAUAAUAAUUGAGACGUACGAUUUAUUUGAAAAUUUAUUACGAAGAUUUUCAAACCAAAUUAUUUUUAUUGAUCUCAUGAUAUAUCAACUGAGCUCCCAUGUCUAUAAAUUCUUAUAUAUUUACACAAUUUUUCAUAUAAAUCAUAAGUUUAAGUAGUUGAAUCUCGAGAGAAGAGAAGAAACAGAACAGUGAUCUAUUAUCAAAAUGAUAAUGUUUCUCUCCUGGAUCGUGUUUAUAGCCAUAUAUGCCUUCACCAACAAUUUCCUUGGCAAAAUAAAGAACCUUCCACCAAGCCCUUUCCCAGUUCUCCCCAUUAUUGGCCAUCUCUACCUUAUCAUAAAGAAACCCUUAGUCCAUCGAGCUCUCUCCAAGAUAUCAGAUCGAUAUGGUCCGGUACUUCUCCUCAAGUUCGGCUCUCGUCCAGUUCUCCUGAUUUCUUCGCCUUCAGCAGCAGAGGAGUGUCUAGCUAAGAACGACGUCGUAUUCGCUAACCGUCCACGUUUGCUGGCCGGCAAACACUUAGGAUACAACUACACCAGCCUUGUCUGGGCUUCCUAUGGAGAUCACUGGCGAAACCUCCGAAGAAUAUCAAGCAACGAAAUCCUGUCCUCCCAUCGCCUCCAAAUGUUAUCUCACAUACGAUCCGAAGAGGUCUCCUCGCUCAUCCGCCGCCUUGUGCGCUCAGCUCAACAAGAUCCAAGGGUGGAAAUAAAGUCGCUCUUGUUUGAGCUUAUGCUUAACAUAAUGAUGAGAAUGAUUGCCGGCAAGCGUUACUACGGCGAUAAUAAUGUCGAAAUGGUUGAUGAAGAAGCUCAUAAGUUUCAGGAGAUAGUUAGGGAAACGCUACGUUUAGGGGGCACGACAAAUGUCAGUGACUUUUUACCACUGUUCAGGUCAGUUUUGAGUAGAAAGUACGAAAAAGGCUUGAUUGAGGUACAGAAGAAGAGAGAUAGUUUCAUGCAGAGUCUUAUAGAUGAGAAUAGAACAAGUAUAGCAUUAGCAGCCUCUCGACAAACCUCUCUCCCUAAAGACCACAAGAAGAAGAACAUGAUCGAAGUUUUACUGUCGCUUCAAGAAUCGGACCCUGAGUAUUACACAGAUGAAAUAAUCAGAGGACUCAUGCUGGCUUUAUUAUCAGCGGGAACAGAUACUACAGCUGGAAUCAUGGAGUGGGCCAUGUCCCUAAUGCUGAAUCACCCGGAAGUGUUGAAAAAAGCCCGUAAUGAAUUGGAGUAUUGUAUUGGACAUGAUCGUCUAGUGGAAGAGUCAGAUUUGGGGAAGCUUCCAUAUCUUCAUCGUAUCAUAAAGGAGACACUACGACUGUAUCCAGUGGGUGCAUUACUACCCCAUGAAUCAUCGGAGGAGUGCAUAAUAGGUGGAUAUCGUGUACCACGUGGCACCAUGUUAUUGGUAAAUUUAUGGGCCAUCCAACAUGACCCCAAAGUAUGGGAUGAGCCCACAAAAUUUAAGCCGGACAGAUUUGAAGAAGGUGAUCAGGGAGUGAGAGAGGGGUUCAAAUUAGUACCUUUUGGGUCAGGGAGGAGGGGCUGCCCUGGUGAGACCUUAGCCAUGCGUAUGGUUGCACUAACUUUGGCUUCCCUCAUUCAGUGUUUUGAUUGGGAGAUGGUUGAUCAUGAGGCCAAGAUUGAUAUGACAGAAAAGCUAGGUCUCAGCUUGUCAAAAGCUCAUUCCUCACUACUCAACUGCCGACCACGUCCUACCAUGUCCAACAUUCUUUCUCAUAUAUAGAUUGAUUGUUCUUUACUUGUUAAUCUUCUAUAUAGAUAUAGAUAUAAAUAAUAAUAAAAGAAAAAACAAAUAAUGUCUAUUUUGAAGUUAAGAAAACUCAAAAAUAAAUUAUAUUGGCCAGUUUGGCACAGCUGUGCUGUGGGAAAAAAUAACUGUAGUUGUGUUGUAAGAAAAAACUUUUAAAGUACUGUGAGUUGUUAAGAUCUA